CAAGCAAUCUGUAAAUGGUGACCAAGCGAGUUACGUGUCGUCGCGAACGGUAGCAAGGAUGGUUUGACCAACCUAAUGAUCGUUCUUUCACUUGUGCCGCGAGCGUAGGUUAAUAUGUACCUACUUACGCGAGAAAAUUAGCGGCACUUACGUGUUCACGACACGACGAAGACGAUUCGUGAGACACUCACUGUACCUUUGGAAUUUCUGACUCAACAGGCACGUGCGAGACGUUCCUUCAUUAACUAAUGCACACGUAUGACUUCAAAGUCCUCCGGAGGAGAUAAAAUUGCGUGCGUGUGCGUGCGUUCAGCUCAUCCGCAAAAUUCGGAUGUGUACUACGGCUCAUUCGAGUGGGGGAACGAACAAGGGGACCCAGGGGAUGGAGGGGAGUCUAAAUAAGGUAAUCGCUUUGUGCGCCCUCGUGGCAAUGGCGGUCGCCGCCCCCGUCGACAACACCAGCCCGAUCCCCAUAGUCAAGCAAGCCUUGGACGGGCCCAACCCCGACGGAGCUUACAACUACAGCUACGAGACCGGUAACGGUAUUCAGGUUCAGGAAGAAGGUCAUCUCAACAAUGCCGGUACCGACAGCGAGGCCCUGGAGGCACACGGCAGCUACAGCUACACUGGCGAUGACGGCCAGACCUACCAUGUCUCGUACAUAGCCAACGAGAAUGGAUUUCAGCCAGAGGGUGCUCAUUUGCCCAUUGCGCCCCCGGUACCACCUCACGUCCUGAGGGCCCUUCAAUACAUCGCCGAGCAUCCCGAGCAGAACGAAGAACAUCACGAACGAAAGAGCGCCGAAUGAAAAUGUAUGACGGAAAGAGAAUAUAGGAUCGACGAGUCUCUCGAGAAGAUGAGGCAAUUGGGAGAGGCCUGGCUGGGAACUGAUCGUCAUCGUCAUCAAUCCCCGUGUAGACCGGCGGCUUCGACAGACUCGGCCCUUCGCGUCGUAAUUAUUUCCAUAUUUAUGCGCGCUUGUAUAAAUUUUUCAUUUUUUUUUUGUACAACAUCUGUAUACGGACAGAAUCCCGAUGAUAUGCUGUAAAUAAAUUUCGUUGAUGUGCAAGUUUUGUUGGCGCUUAUCAGAGGUGGGAUGAGUGGACAGACGAAAUGCUCAUCAAUCACGUUAACGAUAUUUUUAACGAGAGGCGCGUUAGCGAGGCGCUGGGACGUUUAUAAAGUUGCGGAAAGUUUGGUGCGCGGUGCGCAAAUUUCUUCGUGCACAGUACUUUUUCUUUUUACAAGAGAAUCUUUUAUGUUCUAUUAAUUUAUGGAGAUAUGGUAUCUAGUAAUUAGCGUCUCUAUCACGAAUGUUAAUCGUGUCUUCUGACAUUUGAGUUUUGCGUGACGUCAAAAAAAAAAUCCUAUAGACGCAAUUCCAUAGACGAGAUAAAUUUGCACGGAACACGCUAUGUCAUUAUUUAAAUUUAAAUGAUCAAGGACAAAAUUUACAUGACCAAAUUAUAAUAAUGCGCGUAUAAGAAAUGAAUAAAUGCAGUCCAUUUGUUGCCUUCGCUGCAUUGUGAACAGCUUAGGAAUAACGGAUGGUUGCUGACUAAAUUUGUUCGACGGAACUUAUAUUUUAAGAAGAGGCAGGCACGUGUAAAAAAAUGAAGCGCGCUUAUCAAAUAAUCUCAGUGUACGUGUAUAUACUCACUUAUUUACGCCAUUGUUUACACACGCUUGAAUGUUACAUGACGAAUGUAGAUCAUCCACUUCAGUUCUCGACGACAAUAACAAAAGGAGUGCUUAUAUAAUAAAACGAAGAUUCGUCUCUUU